AUGCUCAUCUACGGCCUUGCGGAUGGGCCGGUGAAGACCUACAUGUUCCGAGAGGAUCUCCAGACGCUGGAAAAGGCGAUAGCGUAUGCGGAACAAGAAGACUUCAGCCUGAGACAGUAUCAGGCUAACUUGUCGGACUAUCGUCCGACGAGACGACUGGAAACAGGAGGCCCCGAACCAAUGAACCUCUAUUACAUCGAGAGCGAGUACUUUCUCUCUCUGAGUCACAAGCGAGCGGCAAGAUGCCAUCGCUGUCAGAAGAGUGGGCACUACGCUCAUGAGUGUAGUGUCCCGAGCACUGCAACACGUCCAAAGACAGGAAGUGAUGACCGCCGUUGGCCGAGGAAAGGUCCGAGGCGUGGGUCCGAUCAUGUCGCUAAACCGCGACAGCAAGUCGGGCCGCCAAAAAAUGGACAGUGUCAGUAG